AUGAAGUUAAAAUUACAAUACCAACAUCUCGAAUUUAGCAAUCACGCAAAAUAUCUUGGAGUCACCUUCAACAACGACAUAAGCUUCGACAAGCAUAUCCAAAAUACCAUCCGAAAGGCGCGCGGUGCCCGGGCUGCACUACAUCCGAUCCUAAACCGAAACAGCACUGUUCCGCUGGCUAACAAACUGAUAAUAUAUAAAAUAUACCUUAAGCCCAUUAUUUUAUACGCAGCUCCUGUUUGGAGAAACAGAAUUCGCCGAUCAUCUUGGAAACAGAUUGAGAUCUUCCAGUCCGUAGCACUACGUACCAUGACCGGCGCCCAUUACCUGGUCUCAAAUGUAAACAUACGGAACUCAAUGUCCAUCGAAACCCUCCAAAACGAAGCACUCCACCUAUCAAAGAACCUUGCUCAUUCACUUUUAAGGAGCAAAUAUCCACACUUAUCAUGCCUAGUCCCAUGA